AGGAGGAGACGCAGUUUACUCCUCAUCUGUCUGUUUCUGUGGAGGAAUAAAAACUUUUCAGCCUAGCAGAGAAGGAGAAGAAGAAGAAGAAGGAGGAGAAGGAGGAGGAGGAACUACUAAACCGAUGAUUAUCUGCUGGCUUGGUUUUGGUGCAGGGGCUUGAAGUCGGAUCUUGUUGUCGUGUAAAUGGCUGCGGGGGGCCCCGGUGGAAUAAACUAACAGGAUGUCGCAGUUUCUGAAGGCAUAAAGGAGAUUUACUGCUUUAUUUUUCUACUUUUUAAACAUUUAUUUUUAAACACACAAAACCUCCUACCUACCUACCCUGACAGGAGAGGCAGCAGAGCGGCUGCAGCUCCAGGUGGAUCCCGCUGUUGGCUUGUUCCUCCAGCUUCGUCUCUAGCCGCCAUCAUUCCGUGCUGUAAGGCCGACCCCAAAAUGUCUUCCAAUGGAGACCUGACCGACCUGGGGAGCUCUGACAGCUUCUGGGAGCCGGGAAACUACAAGAGGACGGUGAAGCGGGUAGACGAUGGCCACCGGCUGUGUAACGAGCUGGUCAGCUGCUUCCAGGAGAGAGCGAAGAUAGAGAAGAGCUACGCUUUACAGCUGAGCGACUGGGCCAAGAGGUGGAGAGGCGUCGUAGAGAAAGGGCCUCAGUACGGUACGCUGGAGAAGGCGUGGCACGCUUUCAUGCAGGCGGCCGAUCGGCUCAGCGAGCUGCAUCAAGAGCUUCGGGAGCGGCUGGCGGGCGAAGACAGCGAGAAAAUGCGCAACUGGCAGAAAGACGCCUUUCACAAGCAGAUGAUGGGAGGCUUCAGGGAGACCAAGGACGCCGACGACGGUUUCCGCAAAGCCCAGAAACCCUGGGUCCGCAAACUGAAAGAGUUGGAGUCCAGCAAGAAGGGCUACCAUCAGGCCAGGAAGGAGGAGUGGACGGCCGUUACCAGGGAAACGCACGCCAAGACAGACCCAUCCAAGUCUCAAGAGGAAGUCCGCAAGUACACUCUCCGGGUGGAGCGCUGCAGCCAGGAGGCCGAGAAAGCGAAGGAUCGUUAUGAAAAAGCCCUGGAGGAGCUGAACCGCUGUAACCCUCGCUACAUGGAAGACAUGGAGCAGGUGUUCGACCUCACCCAGGAGGCCGAGCGCAACAGGCUGCGCUUCUUUAAGGAAGUCCUGCUUGACAUCCACACACACCUCGACCUGUCCAGCAAAGAAGGGUUUAAAGACUUGUACCGAGACCUGGGUCAGACCAUCCGAGCAGCCAAUGACACGGAAGAUCUCAGAUGGUGGAGGAACACCCACGGACCGGGCAUGAGCAUGAACUGGCCACAGUUUGAGGAAUGGUCUCCGGAAGCGAACCGCUCCAUCAGCAGGAAGAUGCGAGGCACACGCUCCGAGGAGAACGUGGUCACCCUCACCAACAUCGUCUCCUCGGGGGGAAAUGACAUCCCACCCAGCCCCAUCACCAUCACCCAGGACAGCAGGAUGAAAAGCUAUUCAUCAGAAUGGUCCGACGAGGAAAGCCCUAAGAAGGUUUUGGGCGUGAACGGCGUCGGGGAGGUGGAGGACGAGGAGGAGCAGGAGCAGGUAGAGGGGGUGCCAGUUCGAGCGCUGUAUGAUUACACGGGCCAGGAGGCCGAUGAGCUCAGCUUUAAAGCAGGAGAAGAGCUGCUGAAGCUUGGCGAGGAGGACGAGCAGGGCUGGUGUAGAGGACAGCUGAGCAGCGGCCAGGUCGGACUCUACCCCGCCAACUACGUCCAGCUCGUCGCCUCCUGAUGACCCGCCGCUCCUCCCUCUCUCUCUGGUCACCAUGCCAACGGUACAACCACACUCAAGAUGCCAGGACCAAUCAGAAGCUCUUAGCGCUGACAUGUAGACACGCCCUCGGUUUUGGGGUUAAAGACUGUAAAACUCGUCACUGAGUUUGUUUUCUGUUUUGUUUUUGUGUUCUUUUUUUUUUUUUUAGCUACAUGAAAGACACUCUGGUUUAAAAAAAAAAGCUUUACAGGCAAAGAUGAAACUCUGCCGACACGAACAGAAAGCAGACUGUAGAGAAACACGUCAACCAUCGAUAUCGAACUCUGGACUGAUUGACGUUAGUUUUUUUGGUUUUUGGUGACGAGAAUAAAAGACUAUCCAUGUUUCAUGAAAGGAGGAGGACGAGCUCAGGGAGGAGGGAGCUGAGGAGAAAAAAACACCACCGCUGGCUGUGAUUGGCCGAAACACCUGUCAGUCAAUUAAAUAGACUCCAAAAUAAUAGUGUGACUUUUUCUGAAAAUACGCUUAUUUGCUCCUCCUCCUCCUCCUCCUCUUCCUCCUUCAUCUUCACCUCCUCCUUGACUUUCAGUUCCUCCUCUUUCACAUCCUUCACCUUCACCUCUUCAUCCUCCCCCUCAUUUCACCUCCUCCUCCUUCUCCCCCUCCUCCUCCUUGACUUUCAGUUCUUCCUCCUCAUCCUCCUCCUCCUUCACAUCCUUCACCUCCUCCUCCUUCUCUCCCUCUUCCUUCUUGACUUUCACUUCCUCCUCCUCUUCCUCCUUCACUUUCUUCUCCUUCACCUCCUCCUCCCUUUCUUUUAACCUUCUACCCCUCCUCUACUUCCUCCUCUUCCUCCUUCACAUCCUCCUCUUCCUUCACCUCCUCCUCCUCUUCCUCCUUCUUCACAUCUUCCUCCUUCAUCUCCUCCCUCUCUUCCUCUCCCUCUUCUUCCUUAACUUUCACCUCCUCCUAUACACCCCCCCCCCCCCACACACACACACAUUUUCAGUAGAUUUCAUCACAGUCUUGAGGUUUUCUUGGAGUCAGCAACCUUUCACUUCCUCCUCCGUCACCUCCUCCUCCUUGAGUUUUGAGUCAGCAUGUUGAAGGAGCUAAGACCUGAGACUCUUCAUCACGCUCUUCUUCAUUUUCUCCGCGGUUGAAACAAGGUCACGAAACGACUGUCAGUGCCUUAGAGGACGAGGCCAGAGACGUGUAGCGCCGCCCUGCUGUCUGACGGAGGAAUUACAGCCUCCAGUCCGACCUCCUGACAGUCACCUGGACUUUACCUUGUGCUCCUCGCAGCUCCUGAUUGGCUGUAAAACCUUUUCAUCCCGCCUCCGAGUUUAAUUAGCUUCACAAUAAAAUGCUUCAGUUGUGUUGUUAGAUGUUUUAGGAGUGACACUGAAAUCACUUUUUUCCUCCUCUUUUCUUUUUCUUUUAUCUUUUUUAAAGUGAUAGCUGUAAGUUUAUAUCAAGUCAUGGACGGUGGAAACUGUUGCUACCUGUUUCUUUUAAUUUUUUUUUAAAGAAUUUUACAGUCGAACUUUUACUUUCUAAUUAUUUUUUUUCUUCCUCUUUUUAAUUUAGCGCUUCUUCGUGCUUCAUUUGAACUAGACUGACUAAAGCUGGGGGGGGGAGGGGUUAUUUGGAUCAUUUAAUCUGUGGAAGGUGGCUUGUUGCUAGUUUUGGUUUUGCUACGCAGAGAUCGUAAAGCACCUCAAGUCUCCUAAAAUCAUGUGUUUUAUUUUUUUCAGGGGAGGGGAGGGGGGGGUUCAUGUUUUAAGUUUGUGGUUUGUUUGUAAGGGAGUCUCCUUUCCCCCCCCCCUGCUCGGCUAACCCACGUAGACGUCCAAAAAAAUAACGUUAGAGAAGUUAAAGCUACUGUGCUGCUGCUCCUUUUUUUUUUUCUUCCUUUUCUUCCCAAAAAAUUGUAACCUGUACAGUACAUAAAGUUGAGGGAAGCAACAAUAAAGAGCUUUCUACCGGUAGAA